GAAAGAAAAAUCAAUUUAACAAAACGCGAUAGCAGAAACGAAAAGAGCAAAACGUAGAAACUGAAGAAACGCUAAACCCAGAAACGCAAAGCAUCAUAAAGGAGAAUCCAUGGUGCCAUAAAGAAGAUCGAAAUUGUGUUCCUGCAGUUUCUGUUGUGAAAUCGAAACCUAAAGAAGAAUCAAAAUCUGCUUCUUGUUCAUUUGGGAAAUUGAAACCCUAAUGCUUCUUGUUCCUGUUGGGAAACUCUAGAUGAAAAAUCGUUGAAAUCUGCUUCUUGUUUCUGAGAAUAUGGUAAAGAUUAAAGUGAGAUUUCAUACAAAGGGUAGCUUUGUCAAAGACCCAAAUUUAAGGUAUGAAGGGGGUGAUCUUUUUUCUGUUAAAGGAAUAGACUCUGAUAAAUGGUCUUAUUUUGAGGCAAGAGACCACUUGGUUGAAAAAGAUGAAAAUUUUGAUCUUACAUCUGUUAAUCUAUGGUGGAUGAACGAUGAUGGAACUUUGGCAGAGGACAUUAAGCCAUUUAAGGAUGACAGAGAUGCUAUGAAAAUGUCUAAGUUUGCAAUAGAUAACGAUGAUUUUGUGUUUGAAAUAUAUGUGGAACCCAAAGCAAGUUCACUAGAUCUCCAAAGUUUGAUAAGCAAGGGGAAAAAUGUGGUUGGUGCAGAUAACGGCAAAGUAGUAAAGCAUUUGUUGUUGCUAAUGCUCUAGAAGAAUCUUCAGAAGAAUCUGAAUAUGAAACAGAUGAUACAAAUGAUACAUAUGAAGAUAGUACUGAUGGGUCAGUUAGAGAUGUGCAUUUUGAUGAUGGUGAAGAAGAAAGAGCCCUUGAUGAUGAUUGGUUUGAACCCUUAAAUCAUGAAGCUCGUAGGAAUUUUGCUAAUCAUGAACUUCAGCUUGUACCUGUACUUGAACCUGAAUCUCCACAAAAAUCAAACUUAAACAAGCCAAAAAAAAAAGGAAAGACUAAAGGUAGGAAGAAUCCAGUUGAAGAUGAAUGUGAGGGUGGUGGUGGUCCAAUUAUUUGCAUCACACCAGAGCAGGAUAAGCUUCAUUUCAUUGAUGAUGGCUAUGAAACUGAUGAAUUGGAUAGUGCUUCUGAAGUUGACACUGACGGUGAAGGCAAACGACCUAUGUUGAAGUUUAAUCCUGAUGAGACAAUGACCGAGAAUUUUAAAUUCAAACAAGGAAUGGAGUUUUCAUCCCUGCAGCAGUUCAAAGAAGCUGUACUGAAGCACAAUGUAUUACUUAUGAGAGAAGUCAAGUUUAUUAAAAAUGAUGCUGACAGAUGCAGGGUAUUGUGUGCCAGAAAAAACAAGAGUGCAACUAUCUUUUAUUGUGUAGCAGAGUUGUUAGAACCACAACAUUUAGAGUGAAGACUAGUAAAGGGAAACACGACUGUGGUAAACGUUUUGAUAGUAAGAGUGCUAAAGCUUCUUGGGUUGCAACAGUAAUUCUUGAUCGGCUGAAGAACAAUCCAAAAAUGAAGUUGAAUGAAAUUGUGGCUGAAGUGAGAACAAAGUUUUCAAUUGACAUACCAGCAACUAGGGCAUUCAGGGCCAGACAAAUUGCAAGAAAAAUUGUGGAAGGGGAUUCAAGCAAGCAGUACAGUUUGCUAUGGUCUUAUAGUGCUGAGCUUAGGAGAGUAUCACUUGGAAAUACAUGCAAAUUAGAGAUAGAUAGGCCUGGUCCUGGGUUGCAGCCAAGAUUUGGAAGGUAUUAUGUUUGUUUUGAGGGUUGCAAACAAGCAAUCAGGAAUGCUUGUAGACCAUUCAUAGGUUUAGAUGGUUGCCACUUAAAGAACCAAUAUGGCGGGAUACUUCUAAUUGCUGUAGGAAGGGACCCAAAUGAUCAGUAUCUUCCAUUAGCUUUUGCUGUUGUAGAGACUGAAUCCAAAGAUUCUUGGAGUUGGUUCAUGAAUUUAUUAUUAGAGGACAUUGGUGAAAGGAGGUGGUGCUUUAUAUCUGACCAACAAAAGGGAAGGCUCGAAGGUAGCAAAGCACCGAAAGUUCCCAAGGCACCUAAAGCACCGAAAGAUCCCAAGGCACCUAAAGCACCCAAAGUUCCCAAGGCACCUAAAGCACCGAAAGAUCCCAAGGCACCUAAAGCACCGAAAGAUCCCAAGGCACCUAAAGUUCCCAAGGCACCUAAAGCACCUAAAGUUAAUGUCCCGGUUGAUCAUGUCCCGGUUGAUAAUAUUCCAAAUGUUGUCGACACAUCUGAUACAUAUGAUGAAAUUGACCCAGACAUGUUAGCCGAAAUUUUGUUUGAUGAUGAAGUGCCUGAGAUGAUAUCUGAAAGACUACAUUGUUCUGCACCAGUUGAUCAUGUCCCAAAUGUUGAUGUACCACCUGCUAUGUCUGAUCCGACAAAUGGAAAAAAAAGAAAGAAAAUUUCUGGAAAUGUUGAAGAUGCCAAGAAAGCCAAAGUCAGGUCCAGUGAUAGACUUAAAACAUUGGAGACAAAGAAUAUUGAAGGUCCAGGCAAAGAUCCAAACACCCCAUUGGUAAUUGAAGAUGAUGAAGGUGAUUGUGAUGAUGCUCAUGACCCAAAGAUUGGGCCUUGUGUGCAAGCAAUUAGGAGUUUGACAACAUUGGAUGACAUUUUUCGUAGAAUGACUCAGUGAUGCUUUUGUUCUAGUUUUUUAUGUAAUUAGUAACUACAAAUGGAAAUAUGAACCAUAUAUGACAAUCUCUUUUGUUUAUGCACAAAGUAGUGUGCUAAUGGUGAUAUCUUGGUUGAAUAUCACUGUCUUUUUGUAUUAUGCACUAAAGUAAUGAUGUGCUAAUAGUUAUAUCCCGAUGAAUAUCUCUUUCUUUUGUAUUAUGCACAAAAGUAGUGUGCUAUUGGGUAUAUUUUGAUGUAAGCACUAAAAGUGUGAUGAACCAUUUGUGGUCAAUGCCUAUUGUUGAUAUUUUAAGUA